AUGGGCCGUUUGACCGUUUUCAAUCGAAAACGAAAACCCAGCCAUGGCACUGACGACACGUCCAGCACCCCCCCAGCCAGCAGUGAUGAACCCAAAACAGUCCCUGCAACGGCAACGCCUUUGAAUGAUGCGGAGAAAAUCCAACCGGUCAGCGAAACAGCCGCCAUCGAGCAAGAAACAGAACAAGAUCCAGAGGUCGCAGCACUUCCCCUCGAGGUCCGCCAACUGGUCAGCCUCACAGACGAUCCUACUCUGCCCACCAUCACCUUUCGCUAUUUUCUCCUCUCCGUCCUGUUUGUUGUCCCUGGAGCUUUCUUGUCGCAGAUGAGCCAUUACCGUACAACGCAAGCUCCAUAUUCUGUCUUCUUUGUGCAGAUUGCCUGUCACUAUGUGGGCAACUUUCUCGCCCGGUGGCUCCCUGCCUGGACAAUCCGCAUCCCACUGACGAAAUGGGCAUUCAGUCUCAAUCCCGCACCCUGGAGUAUCAAGGAACAUGUGCUCGUCACCUUGACAGCCGCGUCCGGAGCUUCCUACAAUCUGGGCUACACUCCCAUCUCUCUGGCUGAAUUGUUCUAUGGAGAAAAAGUGAACCCUGCCGUGGCGAUCUUCUUCAUGUUUGCGAUUGUCUGGAUUGGAUAUGCCUUUGCUGCAAUUGCACGGCAGAUCUUACUGUACGAUCCUGCUUUCAUCUGGCCUCAGGCACUGAUGCAAACCACCCUGUUUGAGACAUUCCGGAAGCAAGACACCUCUUCCCCAUUAGCCAAACGUCAGAUGAAGAUAUUUUUCUUUUCCCUCCUGGGAAUGACCCUCUGGCAGUUCCUCCCCGAGUAUGUCUUCCCGUUCACCUCGUCGCUUGCCUUUCUCUGCUGGGUUGCGCCCCGUAACCCCGUCGCCAACUUUAUUGGCUCCGGUCUGGGUGGAAUGGGCUUCUUGAACCUCUCCUUGGACUGGUCUAAUAUCAACUGGAACGGCUCAUCGAUUCUGCUUACUCCCUGGUGGACGCAGGUGGUGUUGUUCUCGGCAUUUGCGUUCAACUGCUGGGUUCUGAUCCCAGCGGCAAAAUGGGGAAACCUGGGCUCAUACAAGCAUGGACUAAUGUCAAAUUCCCUCCUCACGGCCAAUGGCACCAAAUAUCCCACCCUGGAUCUGCUGACAUCUGACUUUCGCCUGAACCAAACGGCCUAUGAAGAAAUCGGUCCCAUGUACAUGGGGCUUCAGAAUGUCUGGGCGACAUUCUUCAGCUACGCCAAGGUCACGGCAUCGGUGGCAUGGAUCGCCACGUUUGGCUACUCCCAAGUCAAAAGAAACAUACUCAAGAUGCUCGGGUCCCGGGAUAAAGCAUCCCAGACCAAAGGCGAAGGCAUCAAUCACCAGUACCACGACCGCCUCAACGUCCUCCAGCGAUCCUACAAGGAAGUCCCGCUCUGGUGGUACCUGGCGCUCUUCAUGGCCGGCUUCAUUAUCCUCCUCGUCUCCAUCGCUUGCGGCCACCUCUGGAUCCCCAUCUGGACCCUCUUCGUCGCCCUCGGCAGCGCCGCCGCCCUCGUCCUCCCCUUCGCCUUCCUCUACGCCAUCUCCAACUACCAGCUCGCCGUCGGCUCCUUCAACGAGCUCAUCUACGGCUACAUGGUGCACACCAAAGCCGGCGAAAGCCACCGGCACCCCUGCGGACCCUCCACCUACGGCUCCAUCGCCGGCGACGCCUGGUACCGCGCGCAGUACAUGCUCCAGGACCAGAAAAUCGGGCACUACAUGCACAUCCCCCCGCGCGCCGUCUUCUUCUCGCAGGUCUUCGGCACCGUCCUCGGCAUCCCCAUAAACUACGCCGUCAUGCGCUGGGUCCUGUCCACCAAGCGCGACGUCCUCACCGGCGCCAAGCCCGACCCGCUGCACCAGUGGACCGGCCAGUCGCUCAUCUCCUCGAAUACCCUCGGCGUGCAGUACGCCGUCAUCGGGCCAGCCGAGCUCUUCAAGAAAAGCGAGAUGAGCCCGCUCCCCUGGUCGUUUCUGCUGGGUGCGCUGCUCCCGCCGGUGCUGUACGGCCUGCAUCGACUCCUCCCGCGCUGGCGCAUCGAUCUCUGGAACGUGAGUAUCUUCUUCUCUGGGCUGGCGGUGUUCUACGGGAAUUUGAGUACGGGGUACACGUCUGCGAUUAUCGGGGGGUAUGUGGUGAUGUACUGGGCGUAUCGGAAGCGGUUCGAGGUGUGGAAGCGGUACAGUUAUAUGAUUGCGGCGGCGUUCGAUGCCGGGUUUAACCUGAACAUGCUGUUGAUUUUCUUGUUCUUUGGGUCGGGGAGGCAGAUCUCCAUGCCGCAUUGGUGGGGGAAUAAUCCGGAUUCGGUGGAGAGGUGUUUUGCUUUGGAUUGA